AUGGUGGAACCCAUCGUCGCCGCUGGGAAGACACUGGACCAGCACCGGAGGAGGGUCGUCAAGGAGGAGGGAGAGGAGGUCGCGGCCGUGGCGAUGCCAAGAGUCCUUCGCGUCACGUUCGAGGAUCGGGACGCCACCGACUCCUCCAGCGAUGACUCGCCGCGGCAGGGACGCCGCUACAUCGAGGAAAUCUGCAUCGAGCAGCCGGCGAGGAUGACGGCGUCGCCGCAGCCGCAGCUUUCUCCUUUCCGGAGAGGGGCCAUCCUCGGCGCCAAGAGGAGGGCCGACACUGCGGAGGAACCCAAAUUUCGCGGGGUGCGCCGUCGGCCGUGGGGGAAGUACGCGGCGGAGAUCCGCGACCCCAACAAGGGGGUGAGGGUGUGGCUCGGCACCUUCGACACCGCGGAGGAGGCUGCCAUGGUCUAUGAUAGUGCCGCCCUCCGGCUUCGUGGGCCAUCUGCAACGACGAAUUUUCCUACUUCGCCGUCCCCUUCUGCUGAUCCUGAUCCUGCUCUCUUGACCGAUGCUGACGGUGAUGUCGGCCACUUCCUUGUGGCGGCCACAUACGAGGAGUCCAGCGAUGAGUCGCAGUUUGUUGGCUCGCCGGUCUCUGUCCUCAGGCCGCUCGAGGUGGUGGCGUCUACAGUGAAUGCCAAGCCUGAGGAGUCUACCGUUCCUGUUGGUUUGAAGAUUUCGGUGGACAUGUGCCGCAGAGGCGGCAACUACUCUCCGUUUUGCAACGCCGAUGUUAUUGUGCCGCCGGAGGACGAAGACUGCAUGUUCCCUGGCCUCUCAUUUGCUGCACCGACGAUUUUCGACGAUGAUGGUAUGAUGUCAUCACACCUUGACUACUAUGCAGCUAAUGUCGAGCCGUUGAGUUUAUUGGAGAUGGGUGAGCUUCCAGCGUGGCGAGAGGUGGAUGUCUUCUUUGAUGAUGUUUUGUCUGCCUCACCUCUCACUGAACUAUGA